CUCCCACAAAUGUUGGAUAUCAGUGACGGAACGAUUGGUUGGCUGUGAAUAUAAGCAUAACCAGCGUACACUUUCAGUUUCAUUUAGUCAAUAACGCCGCGCCUCCGAUAGCACAGCAAAAUGUUUAGCAGCAUUCGUUCAUUCGUUCAAGACAGCGCAAAUUCACUGUUCACACAUCCAAUGUCUAGAAAGGGAGCAUGUACUCUGCGGGAACAAAUAAAACAACUCUCAGGUGACGCAGCUCGUGUAUUUGAUGCUGCAGGACUUGAUGAAUCAGGCAUACUCACUUUGACAAGGCAAGACUUAAACGAACUACUCCCUGGGCCUCAGAACUUCCAGAUUCGGCGAAAUAUUGCGGAGUUGAUCAACUUAGCUACACAAGAGUCACCUGUUUCUUCGAGCUCCUUAAUUGAAAGACUGAAGGAUGUGAUUUCGAGAGAGGAUGUUAAGCAUUUGCUCGUCUCUGGCGGACUCUUGGAGGACUACCUUCACGUUCUGCACGAUGCUGAGACGCGGUUGGCGUGCUCCCUGGACUGUCUGCGGCAGCAUGUGAAACUGCUAGAAAGCCUGCGAACUCUACCGCUGGAGGAGCCUAGCAGCGAUGUGGCAGCUGCAAAAUGCCCACCACAAUCUCACAGUAAAGAUCAAGCGCAGCCUCGUCUGAACAACUCAACCACUCCAGUGAAAAUCCACUCACUGAUGUGUGGAAAGACCCUGGGUUUCCACAAGGACAUGCUCCAGCGUCUAGGUGUGCCCACACUGGAGGUCAGCUUAGAGGAGUGCCAAGUGGUCCUUGUGUUUUGCCCGGUGUCAUCACGAGCUGGGACAAACAUUGCUGCAGCAAUGAAAGAUGUUCCUGGAAACAAAGACGCCGUCCUGUUGGUGAUGCACUAUACUAGUAGCCCCAAGCAAAGUGUGACGGGAAUAAGACCAAGUCUCCCAGAGAACGUCAGAGAGGUUGUACACAUAUUUUUCCAUGAUUCAAUGGGAGGGAUUCUGAACUGUGAACCUAAUAAGCACGCAGUUGCAGUCAUUGAGUCUGCUUUGAAACAUUACACAAAUACAAAUUGAAAACAUGCAUA